UAAUGGCUGGGGGAAGGAACAGUACAAUAGUUACAAAGUUCAUUCUCUUGGGAUUCUCUGAAUUUCCAAAGCUCGCCAGUGUUCUUUUUUCAAUAUUCCUAGCGAUCUACCUCAUGACUGUGUCCUGGAACCUAGGCCUCAUCACUCUCAUCAGGGUAGACUCACAUCUGCACACACCUAUGUACUUUUUCCUCAGUAACCUGUCCUUGCUGGACAUCUGCUAUGUUUCCACUAUAGCGCCCAAGAUGCUCUCAGAUUUCUUCAAGAAGCAGAAAUACAUCUCCUUUGCGGGGUGCACUAUACAGUACUUCUUCUUCUCUAGCCUGGGUCUGACUGAGUGCUGUCUCCUGGCCGCCAUGGCUUAUGACCGAUAUGCUGCCAUUUGUAAUCCUCUGCUCUACACCGCCAUCAUGUUGCCCACCCUCUGUGUGAAGAUGGUGGGAGGAUCUUGUGUAAUUGGAUUCUGUGGCUCAUUUGUCCAACUGUGUGCCUUACUUCAGCUUCAUUUCUGUGGGCCAAAUGUCAUCAACCAUUUCUUUUGUGAUCUUCCCCAGUUGCUGAUCCUAUCCUGCUCUGACACCUUUUUCUUUCAAAUCAUGACCUCUGUGCUCACAGUGAUCUUUGGGCUUACAUCUGUCUUGGUUAUCAUGAUAUCCUACGGUUAUAUUGUUGCCACCAUUCUGAAGAUCACCUCAGCUGAAGGCAGGUCCAAGGCCUUCAACACCUGUGCUUCUCACCUGACAGCUGUGGCUCUCUUCUUUGGCUCAGGUAUCUUUGUUUAUAUGUAUCCUAACUCUGGUGAUUCCCUGAGCCAAAACAAGUUGGCAUCAGUUUUAUACACUGUUCUAAUCCCCAUGCUAAAUCCAUUGAUCUAUAGCUUGAGGAACAAGGAAAUCAAAGAUGCCCUAAACAGAAGGAAGAAGAGAAUCUUUUUCUGUUGUUACUAA